CUUUUUUUACUUUCCGGUACUUGAAUUCUGAAUGUAUAGCACUAUCGGUAAUGAAGAGCAGCUCGAUUUCUUCGAGCUUCACAUUUGUGUUAAGGACUACUGUUUUGCCCGAGACGAUCGUCUUGUGGGAGUUGCAGUGAUACCAUUGAAGGAUAUAUCAGAAAAGGGAUCCGUUGCGUGUUGGCUACCUUUGCAGCGUCGUAUCGAAAUGGAUGAAACAGGUUGGACCAUAUUGCGUAUAUUAUCGCAACGAAAUAACGAUGAAGUAGCCAAAGAAUUCGUUAAGCUAAAGUCAGAGAUACGUCAGGAACCGACAAUGGGAACUUAAUGGAUCAUACUGGAACUGGAUAGAUCAUACCAGACAUACGCAUGCACUCACUCCUACACACCCACACACACAUCUGUGUACA